AUGACCAGCAUAAAUAGAGAACACCCUAGUGUUGGCUUAGCAUCUUCUAUGGCUGCAGUCAUUUUCAAUGGAAGACCAUUGACCCCUGAUGUGGUGAUUGAUGAAACAUGGUUUUCAGAUCCUCUUGUUUGUGAGAAUUUGAACGAAUGGUAUUUUCUUUCAAAAACUUUAGCUGUGGGGGCUGCUUGGAAAUUUGCUAUAGGAAAUGGGAUUGACUUGGUUACCAUAAAUCCAUCAUAUGUGAUUGGUCCACUCUUACAACCAAGUCUUAAUCUCACUGUGGAGAUGAUUCUGAAUCUCAAAGAUGAUAUUGAAGAUGUAAACAGUUCAAUUUAUACAUCUAGUGAUGUUAGAGAUGUUGCCUCAGCUCAUGUUCAAGCAUUUGAGGUUCCUUCAGCUAAUGGAAGAUAUUGUUUAGUUGGACAUGUUACACCCAUGGCCAAGGUUCUGAAGAUUUUACAUGAUCUUCAUCCCUCUCUUUGCCCACCUGAAAAAUAUGAGGAGGCCAAUCCUUCUGAACCCACAUUUCAAGUAUCACAGGAAAAAGCAAAAAGUUUGGGAGUAAAUUUCCUUCCACUGGAAAUAAGUCUUAGGGACACUAUUGAAAGCCUCAAGGAGAAGGGCUUCCUCAAGAAUGGUCAGGAGUUGCUUUCAGCUCUUGAUAGCUCAAUUGAAGAAACCCUUAAAUGGUAUGUUCUUUCAAAAACUUUAGCUGAGGAAGCAGCUUGGAAAUUUGCUGAAGGAAAUGGGAUUGACUUGGUUACCAUAAAUCCAUCCUAUGUGAUUGGUCCACUCUUACAACCAAGCCUUAACAUCACCGUGGAGAUGAUUCUCAACUUCAAUCUUUGCUUGAUAUUGAAGAUGUAA